CACGGCAAUGCAUCGGGCAGAGAAAAGUGAGUAUCGAAACCACUCUGGUUCUUUGUUUUGUCAGAUUGCAUUGCGUUGUGUCAAGGAUUUAGCGUAUUCCUGCUUGCAUGGCUGGCCACUGCCCAUUUUGCACUCACACGUUUUUGUGUUUUUCCCGUGGCAGGCGCGAAUUUUUCCAGGAAACCCUGAACAAAAUGACGGCCAGCGUCCGGUAUGGCUUUGUCGGACCCGAAGACGGCGCCCGAACCAUCCACGAGUGCGCCGGGUUGCUGGGCCUGCAGCUGGCCGUCGAGAUCCCCGUGACCACGAUCGUGAUCUCGGGGAUGCGGAAGAGCACCACGGAGGAAGACAUCCGCGACACGCUCGGCGUCUUUGGCGACAUUGCCGUGGCCGCGGUUGCGCCCAAGCAGAAGGGAUACGGCAUCCUGCGCUUCACGUCCGACAGUGCCGCGGAACGGGUCAUGAACCGGUUCCGAACGGAGGAGAUCGUCCUCGACGACGUGGCGGUGCAGCUGAUCGUGAUCAAACCCGGUUCCAGCCUCGAAGCCAAGGAGCCCAACGGCGUGAUAUAGAACAAAACCGGUGGCACGUC